UCCGAAAGUCUGAAGAUGAUAGUUUUGCUUUUGUCUUGUCUAUUUGUUCAAAGUGCUGUUGUAACAGCAUUAGAAGGUAAUUUAGAUCUAGGUCCAGAGGUGUUCCUGGAGCAACCAAAGAAUGCUACAGUACAGGAAUUGGAAACAGCCGUAUUCAGAUGCUCUAUCAUAAACACGAGUUUUGAAAUAUACUGGAGGUUGAAUGACUCUGAUGCGGGGCACUCCAAGUUCGAUGACAUAGGAUAUCGCGUUGUCUUUCCCAACCGAUAUGAUCACACCGUAUCUCGAAUGGAAAUAGCUGGACGGUUGAGAAAUAACAACACAAUUGUUCACUGUGCAGCUGUAGGGGAGGAGCCUGUACUUUCCUGGACAGACUCUGAGAGGGCACUACUUAUAGUUCAAGCAGAGGCAACAUCACAUUCAACAUUUCAGCAUGAGUUGGCUCACACUAGCCAACACUCACUCCUACCAACACAAACUGUGGAGCUAAUCGAAGCAUCUUUACCCAGUCAAUCAGUCACUAGUAGCCAAAACCCCACUCCAAAUGAUGAUACUGAGCAAGGUACUGCUAUCGUGCUGUUUGGAACCAUUGUUUCUGCUGUUUUCUCUCUAUUGAUAGUCGUCAUUUUCACUCUGGUAAUCUUACUCAUCUUCAUCUCCAACAAAAAGAGGAAAGUUGAUUGUAGGAGAGAUGGAGACGACGGUGACAUAAGACUUGGUCCUAAUCCGGUCUUCCCGCAGUCGCGCCGCUUCUGUACGCCCGUAAAAAUGAUGCCACUUCUCCUUCUCUUCAUAAGCGUUGGAGGGUUUACUAGAACCUUUGGGGACGGAGAAAAGGCCGCAGGUGUUUUCGUGGAUCAGCCAGAGAGAACUACAGUCAACCAAUUUGAAACUGCCACUUUCAGAUGCUCGGUAGUAAACUCUUCCUUCAGUAUUUUCUGGCUGGUCAACAACUCUGAUGCUGCCUUCACUGUGUUUCGAGAAAGAGGGUUCUCCAUCAAAGAAGACCCCAACACUCACACCAAAUCACAACUGAAAGUGGCUGGAAUCAUGAACAACAACAACACACAGGUUUACUGUGCAGCCCUCCAGGAGCACAGAGACCCUCAACUGACCUGGAUCGAGUCUCAGACGGCACUGCUUGUUGUGCAAGGUCAGACCAUGUUUGGUAAUACUCUGAGUGUGUGUAUUUAUGUGACUGAGCCAACAGAUAUACUGGGAGUAAGCACAUCAUCUCUUUCACUGGAGCCCAGUGCUGUCGCCACCGCUCUACCAUCUCAACUACCUCUGACAGAUGAGUCUUGGAAAGAGGACUUGAGAUUCAUACUAAUCAUGGCUGCAAAGAAAUUUCACGUUAUAGUAUAUUGUACCAAGACUGGCGAGUUGUCGACAUUUGAUAGCAAACUCCUGGGUCACUCGCUCAAGUAUGUCCUCACUUGUCAGGAACCAGAAAUAAUCUCCCUGUACACCGAAGUCAGGUUCUCUCUGAUUGAAGGCAGUGAGGUCGUCUGCUCUCCAUCUCCAGUUGCAGGUGGUAUUGGUCAGGUCACUGACAGUGACAUUUAUACCAUACGAGGAAUUAGGCAGAUGAUAUGUGCAGGGUUCACCCAAAACAAAUUGGAAGUACACGACCUCCACCUGGCACGUCUGAGCACCAGCAACACUGACAGCAAGUAUCAAAUCCAGCAACAGAGCUUCCAUCUACAGAAACACAAUUUGACACAUGCACCACCAAGACACCUACACUCAACAGCAUUAGAAGGUAAUUUAGAUCUAGGUCCAGAGGUGUUCCUGGAGCAACCAAAGAAUGCUACAGUACAGGAAUUGGAAACGGCUGUAUUCAGAUGCUCUAUCAUAAACACGAGUUUUGAAAUAUACUGGAGGUUGAAUGACUCUGAUGCGGGGCACUCCAAGUUCGAUGACAUAGGAUAUCGCGUUGUCUUUCCCAACCGAUAUGAUCACACCGUAUCUCGAAUGGAAAUAGCUGGACGGUUGAGAAAUAACAACACAAUUGUUCACUGUGCAGCUGUAGGGGAGGAGCCUGUACUUUCCUGGACAGACUCUGAGAGGGCACGGCUUAUAGUUCAAGCAGAGGCAACAUCACAUUCAACAUUUCAGCAUGAGUUGGCUCACACUAGCCAACACUCACUCCUACCAACACAAACUGUGGAGCUAAUCGAAGCAUCUGUACCCAGUCAAUCAGUCACUAGUAGCCAAAACCCCACUCCAAAUGAUGAUACUGAGCAAAGUACUGCUAUCGUGCUGUUUGGAACCAUUGUUUCUGUUGUUUUCUCUCUAUUGAUAGUCGUCAUUUUCACUCUGGUAAUCUUACUCAUCUUCAUCUCCAACAAAAAGAGGAAAGUUGAUUGUAGGAGAGAUGGAGACGACGGUGACAUAAGACUUGGUCCUAAUCCGGUGUACGAGUGCACAAAACCUAUUGAAAUGCACAAGAAUGAGGUCUACGAAGUCUCUAAGCCUAUUCAGUGUCAGCAAAAUGCUGCGUACGAGGAUGUCGUGCUUCAUCAGUAGCUAUCAUUCAUGGUUUAAAAGGGCGGAGUGGAGGAGCCACAAGGCUAACAAAGUCAACAACAUGUGUGGGACAGAAUUUUGCAUGACAACUGGCUACUGGCUCAGUGCAGCUAUUGCGUGACAAAACUAGGAACCAGGGGGUGAUGGCGUGGAAGAGAAGCCUCGGGAAGAUAGCGAGCUAUCACCUGCAAGACAUUAUCACACACCAUGUGCUCCUCUCGCAAUACAGAACACGAGUAUGUAUGUAUAAUAUUAUACCUGCAGGUGGUUUUGUUGUUAGUUGAGGUACCAAAGGGGUUGUCGGUUUACCGGGACCAGCUAAAGACAGAAAGAGUAGGAUAAGAGCUUGUGAGUGUUACACUAUGCAUGUCGUGAACUAUUGCUACAACACUCAGCAUAGGGUAGGGGCAGUAAAUGUAUGUAUGCAGUAUGUAUGUAUGUAUAUACCUGCAGGUGGUUUUGUCGUUAGUUGAGGUACCAAUUGGGUUGUCGGUUUACCAGCU